AUGAGCACUACCACCACUACCACCGUCGCUCAACCGCCGCAAAUCACGGCCGAAAAUAUCCUCCGCCUGUUUCCCCAGAUCAACACCUCCCUGGCCAGCGCCACUUCUGCCACUCAGGACAACGACCUCGAGGGCUACGAUGAGGAGCAGAUUCGCCUCAUGGACGAGGUCUGCAUUGUCCUCGACGAGAACGAUCUCCCCAUUGGUAGCGCCAGCAAGAAAGUUUGUAUGUCCUGGUCCCCAAAUGCCCUCGAAAAAGUGCCUUGCAGUUAA